AUGCAGUCCAUACUUCAAUAUCGACGAUUCGGGCAUCUUGCUGAAAACCACCUUGCAACAGACCCCGAGAAAGGUAUCAGAGCAUGGCAACAACCGACUUUCAGAAGGAUAAAACACUUCUCAGCAAAUGAAACUGAUCCAAAGGACUCUUUAUCGGGUGAUGAAAUGUCCGUGGCCUCAAGCCAAAAUACACUGCCCCAUCCCGACCAGCACAACCAAACGCACGACGACGAAAAAGCCUCCAUAAGCCCAAGUAUGGGUCGCUUGAAUGCGAGUGUUACAACCAAAGCAAGUGAAGGUGAUAAUUCAGAUAUUACCAAAGCGAGUGUUGUUGGAUUUGAGCCGACAUGUGACCCCAUGAACCCACGCGAUUGGACCUUCGGCAAGCGACUAAUCGUCACCAUCGUGGUUUCAUUCAUGGGCGUCAUUGUAGGGUGGUCUUCGUCCAUUGAUUCGGGAAUUAUACCACAGUACGCAGAGGAAUUCGGUGUAAGCGAAGUGGUGGCGUCUUUGUCUACAGGUCUGUUCUUGGUGGGAUUUGGAACGGGGGCAGUGAUGAGCGGCCCGUUCUCCGAAACUGUUGGGAGGAAUCCCAUUUAUAUUAUCACCUUGAUUGUGUUCAUGCUCCUGCUAGUAGGGGCUGGGUUGGCUCAAAAUCUCGCUGGACAGUUGGUAUGUCGAACAUUGGCUGGGAUUUUCGCUGCGACACCACUCGCAUGUGCUGGCGGUACUAUUGCCGAUGUUUGGACACCUGAAGAACAAGUAUUUGCCUUUCCAAUUUAUGCCAUCAUCUCUUUCUCAGGCCCCGUACUAGGGCCCGUGGUCGGGGGCUGGAUCGGACAGUCGAACCUCAGCUGGCGAUGGACCGAGUGGGUGACUUUAAUCGGAGCAGGGAUCAUCCUUAUUACUGUGAUCUUGUUUCAACCUGAAACAUACGCGCCUAUAUUGUUGAAAUGGAAAGCAAUGCACCUUCGCCGCGUGACUGGAGACGACCGAUACCGAGCAGAGAUCGAGCUCAGAGAGACAUCGCUACCUGCAAGAUUGAUGCUAGCGAUGUAUCGACCAGUGGUAAUGCUCGUCCAAGAGCCCACCAUCUUCCUUUUUUCCUUAUACCUGACGGUAGCAUACAUCAUAAUUUUCACCUUCUUUACCGGCUACGAAUUCAUCUACGAAGGCAUCUAUGGUUUAACCCAAGGCGAAACAGCUCUCUGCUUCCUGGGCCUAGCCAUUGGCCUCCUCUUUUGCGUCCCUCUAAUCCCACUGAACGCAAAGCUACGCGCCCGCGAUAUCACACGCACCAAAGAAACUGAUCCUGUUGGAAAGACACUUCCAGAAAGCCGUUUAUAUUGGGCAAUGAUCGGCGCCCCAGCCCUCCCCAUCUCAAUGUUCUGGAUGGCUUGGACCGCACGGCCGGAUAUACCGUUCUGGUCACCACUGGCAGCGUCAGUGUUGACCGGAUUCGGUAUGCUAUGCAUUUUUAUCACCUGCUAUCAAUAUCUGAUUGACACGUAUGGGACAUAUGCGGCAAGUGCUUUGUCGAGUUUGACGUUGAUGCGGUAUUUGGUUUCGGGGGCUAUGAUUGAGGUGUCUAUUCCGUUUUAUAAGAAUUUGGGGGUGCCAUAUACGCUUACUAUUCUGGGGUGUAUUAGUGCUGUUCUUGUGCCGAUUCCGUAUGUUUUCUACAGGUACGGGCCAGAUAUUCGGAGGAGAAGUAGGUAUGGUGGGAAUGGUUGUUAG